AUGGCCGAAACGGCUUUUCUUUUGAUGUUAUUGGUCAUAGAGCGUGUGAUCACGCUUGAAACAGUUUUGUUUGUUGCUUUUUUGGCCCUAGAUGAUGAAUUGGCAUUCAUCUCCACAUCACCAGGACCGUUCAUAACAGCCUUUGACUUAGACAUUACAAG